GUUGACUGUGCAUUGUCACUUAUUCGACUUGGAAUGGAGCGGAAUAUUCCUGGUUUGCUGGUUCUCUGUGAUAAUUUGGUUACUCUGGAAGCAUUGGUUUAUGAAGCAGGGUGUGAUUUAACCCUAACCUUGAAAGAACUCCAGCAGAUGAAAGACAUUGAAAAACUAAGAUUACUGAUGAAUAGUUGUUCUGAGGACAAUUAUGUGACAAGUGCCUACCAGUGGAUGGUUCCCUUUCUUCAUCGUUGUGAGAAACAGUCUCCUGGUGUGGCUAAUGAGCUAUUAAAGGAAUAUUUAGUAACUUUAGCUAAAGGAGACUUAAAAUUUCCCCUGAAGAUAUUUCAGCAUUCCAAGCCUGAUUUGCAGCAAAAAAUCAUUCCUGAUCAGGACCAACUGAUGGCAGUAGCACUAGAAUGCAUCUAUAACUGUGAACGAAAUGACCAGCUCGCUCUUUGCUAUGACUUAUUAGAAUGUCUGCCACAGAGAGGAUAUGGUCAGAAGACAGAGGUAACCACAGCUCUUCAUGACAUGGUAGACCAACUGGAACACAUUCUCAGUGUGUCAGAGAUUUUGGAGAAACAUGGACUUGAGAAACCAAUUUCGUAUGUUAAAAAUACUCAGUCUAGCUCAGAAGAGGCACACAAGCUGAUGGUUAGAUUGACCAGGCACACCGGUCGUAAGCAGCCUCCUGUCAGUGAGUCUCAUUGGAGAAUGUUGCUGCAAGACAUGUUAACUAUGCAGCAGAAUGUUUACACCUGUCUAGACUCUGAUGCUUGCUAUGAGGUAUUUACAGAGAGCCUUCUGUGUUCCGGUCGCCUUGAAAAUAUCCACCUGGCUGGGCAGAUGAUGCACUGCAGUGCUUGUUCAACAAAUCCACCGACUAGUGUAGCCCAGAAAGGAAAAACCCAGUACAGGGUCAGUUACGAAAAAAGCAUUGACUUGGUUUUGGCUGCCAGCAGAGAGUACUUCAAUUCUUCUACCAGCCUCACCGACAGCUGCAUGGAUCUGGCUAGGUGCUGCUUACAGCUGAUAACAGAUAGACCCGCUGCCAUUCAAGAGGAGCUAGAUCUUAUCCAAGCCCUGGGGUGCCUCGAAGAAUUUGGGGUAAAGAUUCUGCCUUUGCAAGUGCGACUGUGCUCUGAUCGGAUCGGCCUCAUCAAGGAGUGUAUUUGCCAGUCCCCGAUGUGCUACAAGCAAUCCACCAAGCUGCUGGGCCUGGCUGAGCUGCUGAGGGUAGCAGGUGAAGACCCAGAAGAAAGGCGUGGACAGGUUCUAAUCCUUCUAGUAGAGCAAGCACUUCGUUUCCAUGACUACAAAGCUGCCAGUGUGCAUUGUCAGGAGCUGAUGGCCACAGGUUAUUCUAAAAGUUGGGAUGUUUGUAGCCAGUUAGGACAAUCAGAAGGUUACCAGGACUUGGCCACUCGUCAAGAGCUCGUGGCUUUUGCUUUGACACAUUGCCCUGCUAGCAGCAUUGAAGUUCUUUUGGCUGCCAGCAGCUCUCUGAAGACAGAAAUUCUUUAUCAAAGAGUGAAUUUCCAAAUCCAUCCAGAAGGAGGAGAGACUAUCAGUGUGUCACCAUUGAUGAGUAAAGUGCUACAAGAGGAUGAAGUAAGUGUCCCAGGCAGCAACUCAGCUGACCUGUUCCACUGGACCACUGCUACCACCAUGAAAGUCCUUUCCAACACCACGACCACCACCAGGGCUGUGCUGCAGGCCGUCAGCGAUGGGCAGUGGUGGAAGAAGUCAUUGAGUUACCUUCGACCCCUUCAAGUAAGCAAUGCAUCUUGAUUUUUUAAUUCAAUUGGUGUGGUUU